UAAAAUUCUCGUUAAUGAUUAUUUGCUAAAAACAAUACAGUUUAUCAAUUUGAACAUUAAAUAUCUUUGUAGUGUGCUCAAUUAAAUAUAGGUCGAACAUGAUUUUCAAAUCAUUGUAUUCUGUUUUUAUUUAUGUUUAACACACCGUCCCAACUUCAUUGGAAUUGGGGUUUUACUUUAUUUAUUCCUGUCAACCUUUACGCCACCACAUUUCAUGAAUAAAAUGUAUACAUUUACUUCAAAACAUUUUGCUUAUCCAUCUUCGUUACUCCAAAAUAAAAUAUGAAGAAAUUGUUCAGAGAAGUAAUGCCUAAACACAGUUAGUGUGUGUGUGUGUCUGUGUGUGUGCGUCUCUCUCUCUCUCUUGCUUAAAGGUUGUAUGUUUAUGUGACUUUUUUUUCUUUGCCAUCAAAGGUAACACAAAAAAGCCAAAGAAAAAUAUAAAUAUACAUGUGGAGUUAAUCUAUGAGAUGCUCACUGAGCUGAAGUCUCGCGUAAUUUGAGUUGUUUGACUUGAUUUAACAUAUCUAUUAAAAGAAGCAUAUUCUGCAGUUUUGCUCACAAUUUAAACAAAAUUCCAGGUAUCUUAAUUAAAGCUCUCUGAGAUUAUUUUGUCAAAAUAGACAAAAGGUUCAGAAUUACAGGACAUCUCAUUCACUUGUCACACUCACUUGAAAUCACUCUGUUUUGGGGGGGCUUUGUCGCAAUUUUCCGACCCAAAAGCAGCAACAAUUGUAGCAACCUUUCCGAGACGGAAUAAUGAAUAUUACAGUUACGUUUGUUCUUUAUUAAUGUGUUAUUUCAAGUUAAUGUGCUCGUGAUGAUGUAAGAAGAUGUACUAUAUACUCAUGAUAUAGGGUUCUAGCUUUGAAACUCACUAGCACAUGAGAAGGUUAGUACUGUAUUCAACAGAAACACGCCCUACGUGAAGUGUAAACACACACAAAACAUUGGCGCUCGAACUGGCAUCAUGCAUGUAGUGACACAAGACAUCAGCGUUGCUCAUGAGAGGAAUAACUGUGUUGUUGAGUAAGGUGGUGUGGGCGAGCUGACUUCCUGUUCAUGGCGUUGUGACAACUGGCCUCACCACACGUGGUCAUUAUGGCGGGCGCAUGCUCAUUCUCCAAACACGCAGAUGAGCCGACCAUCCCCCCUCGUAAAGCGUCUAUUCACCUCCAGGAGAGGCGAGGCUCCAAUAUUUCACUACUGUUGGAUGUCAACAGCCUGGGUGUAGAGCCUGUGUGCUCCGUGUCCACCCCCAAGGAGGUGUGGCUUCGGCUGCUUCACACCUCCUCCCGGCUGCUUACACAUGCGCUCCUGCAGCAGGCCGCCGCUGACGCCAACGCACUCGAUGCUGAGUACCAGAGCAUCCCGCCAAACUUUGUGAGUCCGUCGGACCUUGACGUUCCAGGACACACAAUCAAGGACCGAUACAAAAGCAUCCUUCCCAACUCUGAGAGUCGUGUCAUUCUGACCUGUGCAGAAGAAGAGGCGGGGCCUAACAGCUACAUCAACGCCAACUACAUCCGGGGUUACCAAAGCAUUCCGAAGGCCUACAUCGCCACACAAGGGCCAAUGGUACACACUGUGGGAGACUUCUGGGACAUGGUGUGGCAGGAAAGGAGCCGCAUCAUUGUCAUGGUAACCAGGCUGAAGGAGACCAACGAGAAGUGUGAGAGGUACUGGCCUCAGCCCAGCAACCGCAGGAGUGAGGAGGAGGUGGAGGGAGCAACCAGUCAAUUUGGUCGAUUCCAGUUGCGAGUCACAGACAGUCAAGACAAAGAGGGCUUCACUGUAACUGACAUGGAGAUACAGUGUGUGUUCUGUUGGGAAAGCCGUCCGGUCAGACACUACUGGUUCACGUCAUGGCCCGACCACUGUGUCCCACAAUGCACUGCUCCUCUCCUGCGACUGGUGGAAGAGGUGGAGUCAUACAGAGCGUCCCUCCGAGCAGCCAGCUCUCAGCCAACCACAGGCACCAACCACCAGUUUGGUCCAAUCGUUGUCCACUGCAGCGCCGGUAUCGGGAGGACAGGUUGCUUUAUUGCCAGCAGCAUCGGUUGUCAGCAGCUGCGUCAAACGGGUUGCGUGGACGUUCUGGAGACGGUGUGUCAGCUUCGGUUGGACAGGGGGGGGAUGAUCCAAACUCCUGAGCAGUACCAGUUUCUAUACAUCGCUCUGGCCCAAUUCAGUUCACAGCUGCAUCACAAGCAGCAGCACAAGCAGGAACAGGAGAAUGCAGAAGAGCAGGUGAGUGAACAGAUGAAGAAGCUCCAACUAGAGCGGACACAACUUUCAGAGCCGACAUCGGGUGUCAGGUCACACAAAGAACCUGAGCCCAGAAGAACUCAUGGUACAGAUCAUACAGAUGCUGUAGGUAGAACCCACAGGUAGAUAUUAUACAGAGGCUGAAGGAAAACCAAGAUAAACGUGCAAGGACAAAGCAUACAGAGGCUGACGGAAAACUGGAUCUUUCGGUUCUGGUGACCAUGUGCAGUACUCUUUCACUGGACUGAGAAUCGUCAAGAGAGGCACCCAGAACCUUGCUGGAGAGAACUAUGAAGAAAAUGUGUGUAAACAACCAAAAAUUUAUUUAUUUUUUUGUGCUUGUUUUUGUGUUUUCUGUCCAUUUUGAAGAAGCUUAAGCAAUUUAUCUUGUUUCACGUGAGCUGGUUGCCAGCCAAUCGUAGGGUACAUAUAAACAAACAAUCAUUCACACUCACAUUCAUACCUACGGGCAAUUUAGAGUCUCCAAUCAACCUAACAUGCAUGUUUUUUGGGGAUGUGGGAGGAAACUGGAGUACCCGGAGAAAACCAGCUGAGUUGGAAAAUGUAUGUUUUAUAUAUACCAAAUAUUACUUCUAUGAGUUUAUACAACCUUCACAUGCUGAGGUGAUUGUUUUGCUUGGACUGCAGUAAGGGGUGACAACUCUUUUCCUCUCCUUGCAAAGACUUUUCUUUUUCCUUGUAAUAAAAACCCACAAAGACAA